AAUAGUCGCGGACACACACACACACAAAACAACUACUGUAACCCUCGAUGCGCAUGCGCGCCGAGGGUUAAUGAUAGCCACUUCAGAGACAGCCCUACAGCAGCCUUUGCCUGCUGUUCCUUUGAAGUUGGAGUGUUUGCCAUUUUUGUGUGAAGGAGAAGGGCGGAGAGACCACACCGCUACAUUACCCCUAUGUGACGAGGAGCCUGGAGCACCUGGUCCGAUUCAUGAACCACAUGUAGAGAGUUUUGAGGGGGCCGGAGAAGUUGAUGAGGGGUCUAUCAAUCGGGUCACGUGGCUCUGGGAUAGGGAGGGCUGAGGACCUGGAGAGGAUCACCCGCAAUAUUCAGAUGAGGGCGGAGAAGAGGAUCCUGGAGAUGGAGGAGAGGCUGGAUAAGAAGUUCGAGAAGAGGCUCAAGGAAGUGAAGAAGAGCCUCGAGCAGAGGAUAGAGGAGACGCUCAUGGGAGUGCAUUGAUCCAGCUGGAUCAACGCACUCUCCUUUCUUCCCUUCCACCUCUGUCUCCUCCUCUUUCUUCCCUUCCACCUCUGUUUCCUCCUCUCUUUCUUCCCUUCCACCUCUGUGUCCUCACCCCCCUCGUCUCCAGGCUCCCUCACUCCCUUCGUUACCAGUCUCCCUCACUCCCCACAUCUCCAGGCUCCCUCACUCUCCAGUCUCCCUCACUCCCCCAGUCUCCACCACUCCCCCCGUCUCCAGGCUCCCUCACUACCCUCGUCUCCAGGUCUCCCUCAUCUCCAGACUCCCUCACUCCCCUCAUCUCCAGACUCCCUCACUCCCCUCGUCUCCAGGCUCCCUCACUCCCCUCGUCUCCAGGCUCCCUCACUACCCUCGUCUCCAGGCUCCCUCUCCCCUCGUCUCUAGGCUCCCUCACUCCCCUCAUCUCCAGGCUCCCUCACUACCCUCGUCUCCAGGUCUCCAUCUCUCCCCUCGUCUCCAGGCUCCCUCACUACCCUCGUCUCCAGGCUCCCUCACUCCCCUCGUCUCCAGGCUCCCUCACUACCCUCGUCUCCAGGUCUCCAUCUCUCCCCUCGUCUCCAGGCUCCCUCACUACCCUCGUCUCCAGGCUCCCUCACUCCCCUCGUCUCCAGGCUCCCUCACUCCCCUCGUCUCCAGGCUCCCUCACUACCCUCGUCUCCAGGUCUCCAUCACUCCCCUCGUCUCCAGGUCUCCCUCACUCCCCUCGUCUCCAGACUCCCUCACUACCCUCGUCUCCAGGUCUCCAUCACUGAGGCUGCCAGAUGCCUCGGAGCAGCUGACGGCUCGCUGUGCUGAGCUGGUGAAGAGACGGCGGAGGUCCCAGUCUCCAGUCACUCCCCGGCAGUGGCCAGCUCAGGAAACUGGUUCGUCAAGACAUACUGCAAGAUCAAUGAAGACGAGUGGGGCGAUGAGAACCACGACUACAGAGUCAGACCGGGAGAGGUGUGGAUGGACCGGUACGAGAUUGAGAGUCUUAUUCUGGAAAGGCUCCUUCGGACAAGUGGUGAAGGCCUACGACACAGAAGCCGCCAUUUCAUGUUCCAAAACCACCUCUGUCUUGUCUUUGAGCUCUUCUCCUACAAUCUCUACGCAACUCCAACUUCCGCGGCGUCUCUCUCAACCUCACUCGGAAGUUUGCCCAGCAGUUGUGCACGGCGCUUUUCUUCCUCUCUCGCCCCUCCUCAACAUCAUCCACUGCGACCUCAAACCUGAGAACAUACUUCUGUGUAACCGCAAGAGGAGUGCCAUCAGGAUCGUCGACUUUGGGAGCUCCUGUCAAGUCGGCCAGAGGGAGGACCUUGAGAAGGGACCGGGAGGCAACUGGAUGCUGAGGACACCGGGAGAGGUGUGGAUGGACCGGUACUAGAUUGAGAGUCUUAUUCUGGAAAGGCUCCUUUGGACAAGUGGUGAAGGCCUACGACACGGAAGCCGCCACUUCAUGUUCCAAAACCACCUCUGUCUCGUCUUUGAGCUCCUCUCCUACAAUCUCUACGAACUCCUCCACAACACGAACUUCCGCAGUGUCUCUCUCAGUCUCAACCUCACUCGGAAGUUUGCCCAGCAGUUGUGCACAACGCUUUUCUUCCUCUCUCGCCUCUCCUCAACAUCAUCCAAGUCCCCUCGUCUCCAGUUGUUGUACUGCACUUACUGCCUUAUCUGCAGUUUAUUUGGCACUUACGGCCUUUCCAUUGUUAUUUCCCCCUUCUCUCUACACAAUUCAGUUU